AUGGAAUUUCCAUUUCCAAGAACUAAAAACAAAGUCAAAGCCUGGCAUCGGCACUGGGAAAUAUUAAUUGCUCAAGCUCACGUUGGUAUUUUCACUAUGAUUAAACAAAUUCAACAAGAACAAAAUGAAGUUGAAAUGGAAAUUGAAAAAUCGAUGCACGGAGAACCAGCUCCAAAGAAGCACAAGGAGGAUGAAAAUAGAGAAUUCCAAAUUGAAAAUGUUAUGGCUGAUCGCGAUAAUACAUCAGCUAUCGAUUUUCUUCGGGGUAUUGCCCAUAAUCUUUCGUUAUAA